AUGUUGCCAGCUAGAAGUGCCUCCCGAUUCGUCCAGAAUCUCUAUCGAUUCCACUCGACGUCCACCGCGUCUUCGGUUUCUAUCGAUGCGAAAGAAGUCGAAAAAUUCGGAAAGAUGUCCGCUGAAUGGGCUGAUCCGACCGGGCCUUUCAGUGCUCUUCACUCUCUUAAUAGAGUUCGUGUACCAUGGAUUGUGGAUAAUGUUGGAAAAGGACAGGGCUCCGGUCCAGCUCGCGUAGUCGACGUUGGAAGCGGCGGGGGUCUUCUGUCUGUUCCGUUGGCUAGAAGUGGAUUCGAUGUGACUGGAAUUGAUGCGACGAAGGAAGCGGUCGAAGCCGCCCGUCUCUCCCUCAAGGUGAAGGCCCUCGAACGUGCCGGAAUCGCUGAUCGUCUUCGUUUCGAGCAUACAAGUGUCGAGGCGUUCUGUCAGAAGCCAGAAAAUAAAGCUGCAUUCGAUGGAGUCAUCGCAUCGGAAAUCGUCGAACACGUCGCCGACUUGCCGAGUUUCAUCAACUCUGUCGGAGCGUUGGCACGUCCCGGCGCACCAGUCUUCAUCACCACGAUGAACCGCACAUUCUUGAGCAAAGUCGCCGCGAUUUGGUUGGCUGAGGACAUCCUCAGAAUCGUUCCACCAGGAGUCCACGACUGGGAGAAGUUCAUCACCCCGGCGGAGAUGACCUCGUAUCUCGAAAACGCGGGAUGCCGUGUUCAAUCGAUUCAGGGUUUGAAGUUCAACCCGAUCGUCAACAAAUGGUCGUGGAUGGAAUCGACCCAAGUCAACUAUGGAAUUCUUGCCGUGAAGAAGUAA